CUCUCGUCAUCGAUCCAUAGAGAGAGCGAAGAGAGGAUUCGAUGGACACCAAGCCAAGAACUGCGUCUGCUGCCCGCUCCUACGAGGACUUCAAACCCACAACCGAGCUGGUUCCUGGAGAAGUCUUCGACACCUACCACAUUCGUCUUCCCGGUUUCAGGAAGGACCAUGUGAGGGUGCAGGUAGACAACCAAGGCAAACUCAGGACCAGCGGCGAGCGGCCACUGGAUGGCAGGCGGUGGAGCCGAUUCUACGUGGAGUUCACAUUGCCAGAAAACUGCAACUUGCGCGACGUCCGAGCUAGGUUCGAGAACGAGACGCUCCAACUGAGGCUCCCGAAGCUGAUCGCCCCCGAACCAGUCGUUCAAAUAGAAGAGCGGGAGGAGGAGAAGAAGUUGCAACCGCCCAAGGAAGAGAAGGACGAGGCUGCUAAAUCCAGUGGUGACAAGAAAAUGGUGCCAAGAACGGAGACAGACGAGGUAAAGGAGAAGGAGAAGGAAGAGGCUGAUAAAUCCAAUGGUGACAAGAAAAUGGUGCCAAGAACGGAGACAGACAAGGUAAAGGAGAAGGAGAAGGAAGAGGCUGCUAAAUCCAAUGGUGACAAGAAAAUGGUGCCAAGAAUGGAGACAGAGAAGGUAAAGGAGAAGGAGAAGGAAGAGACUAGCAGCAAAGAGAAGGUUGAGGAACAAAAAUUAAACGGUGACAAGACAACGAGACCGAGAGAAGAGGCAGAGAAGGAGAAAGAAGAGGUUAAGGAUGACAAAGAGAAGGUUGAGCAUGGUGGCGUAGCGAGAGCGGAGCAGCCGGCGUGGCCGGAGUUGGGAGGCAUGGUCAUGGAGCUGAGCCAGACAGGGAAGACUCUGAUUUCGAAACUGGCUGCAGCCAUGCUGGUGUUGUUGGUUCUUGUGUUGUACCUCAAGUACAAAUUGACGAAGGGGGAGACUCGCAGCGCUGCUAGUCUUUGAUUGAUGCCUUUGUUUCAAGAACAAAGGCAUACUAUUGCAGCACUGUAAAAGCAUCACAGAUAUUUGAAAUAAAACAGAGAUGAUACAAGUUCAAAAAAUGGCUUCCAGUGAGUU